GGUUGGACUAGCAGCGGCCAUGGUUCGCAGGGUCCCACUGGAACGAAGUGAGGUGAUGUCGGUCCAAUUCAGCGGUGCCCAGUUGCGUAUCUUGUAGGUGCCCUACAUGCACGGCGGGGCUUUAAAGGGAGUCCAGUGAGUCUACGCUGUCAGAAUUUUCGAGCUUGCACAAGCUGCAACGACCGCACUGCGAACCACGCAUUCCGUUCGAAACACGACUUGCUCACUGUUGCCAAGCUUUGCAUGAUAUUCGACAACUUGGCCGGUUGACGAUGAGCAGACGGGUUGUCGUGGCCACUCUGCUCGUAUUCGUUGGAUGCUGUACUAACGUAAUCCUUUUAGAACUACUGGUCAAGGAACAGCCAGGAUGUACAAGCCUCAUCACGUUUGUGCAGUUCCUCUUCAUUGCGGUCGAAGGCUUUGCGUUUGCUGCAAGGUUUGGGAAACAGAAGCCUGUAGUGCCUCUCAGACAUUAUAUUGCCCUAGUGGUGAUGCACUUCUUGGUAAGCGUGACAAACAACAAGGCUCUCUCUUAUGACAUCUCCAUGCCCCUUCACAUGAUCUUCAAAUCCGGCUCUUUGAUAGCGACGAUGCUUUUAGGAAUAAUGCUGCUAGGAAGGAGGUACCCAGUGUCAAAGUACAUAGCUGUUUUUAUGAUUACUGCAGGAAUCAUAGUGUGUACAUAUGCGUCUGUUAAAGGUGAUCACAAACAAAAGGAGCAAGUGGAGCCAGAGAAUGGAACAUUUUAUAACAAGCUUAUAGGUGUAUCACUCCUAUCAUUUGCUCUGCUGCUCUCUGCACGAUUGGGUAUCUACCAAGAGAAUCUCAGCACACGCUUUGGGAAGCAUCCUCGGGAAUCUCUCUUCUAUGCACAUGCCCUGCCCUUACCAGGAUUCCUUCUACUAUUACCAGACAUUCUUCAUCAGGCUGCAUUGUUUGCUCACUCAGCUCCGUUAGAAAUUGGACUAUUGAGUGCUGUGCCAAGGGCAUGGGUGUACCUGUUCUUGAAUGUCAUUACUCAGUACAUCUGCAUCCGUUCUGUCUACGUCCUCACCACAGAGUGUUCCUCCCUCACAGUAACACUCAUCAUUACACUGCGAAAGUUCAUCUCCCUCCUCCUCUCCAUCUUCUACUUCCAGAACCCUUUUACUGCAGUGCAUUGGGCAGGGACCAUUUUGGUCUUUGCAGGAACAUUGCUCUUUGCGCAAGUCUUCGGUUCAUUAACUGCCUUCCUCCGCAGCAAAGCAGUCAAAGUGGAGUGACAGAAAAUAAACUUUUGCAUACAUGUG